AGACGAACAAAACUUCAGGUUUCUUAGCUUGCACCGUUGCCAUGUUCUGUCUUAGCGCUUCCAUGUGGCUUUAGUAGUUCCUUAUAGGUCACCGCUUCUUUCCGUUUUCCGAUUUCCGUUUCGCGUAGCGCAAUCCUCGGAGUGAGAAGAAUCCAGUGUGGGAGUCCAUUAUUGAGAAUUCUAAAAACUCUUUCGCGUAGCGCAUCCCCUGAGUGAGGAGAACGAAGCGUGGGAAAAAAAUGGUGCCGUCCUACCUGUGUAAAAGAUUGUGUCGUUUUUCUUUGUAAGCCUACCAAAGCAGCGGCAAUAUGAGCAGAUAAUAAGCGCGGAAAUCAGGCGUCCAUUGCGCCUACUUAGGGUCACCAUGUCUAUCGAAUCAGCAGCUGCUAGCUAGGAGCAAAUCAGGACUGCAUAAACCGUACGAUAGCGCAUUGUACCGCGCUUGAGCCGUUAAAUCUCCCUUCGUUACGACCGUCCCCGCGUCUCCACCACUUCUGCCUCUCUUUUCCUGUAGCUCCUCCCAUGCGGUCCAAGGCUGGUAGGCGGCAUAGCCGGCACUUCGGAGAAAGGCGUUCGUUUUUCGCCUCCUACUGCUCCCUUGAGCGCGUGCUGCUGCUUGCGCUGCUCUGCGCCUUUGCCUUCAACAUAAUCCCCAGACCGUACUCGAGGCGGAGUCUUGCUGACGAGGACAACUUACCUAGCCUCCGAACCUCCUCCUCAGGCUUGGGCGAGAAAGCCAAAGCCGAGCCUGACGAAGAGGAUCGGGUGUAUGACUGGGUAGAUGGAGAAUUCAAGCUGCGGUCAGGUGCGGAUGAGGAUGAGGAGGAAAGGGGAGAGGAGGAAGGGGAGGAAGGAGGGGAGGAGAUCAGUAGGAUAGGGGAGAAGUGGAUUGACAUAGCAAAGAGGCGGAGAGAGAUGGGAGUAGGUGGAGGGGGAUUAAGAGGAUUGGGAGAAACUGGAUCGGAAGGUCAUAUGGGGAAGAAGAAAGGGAGGAAAGGGAGAGUGAAGGGGAAGAAAAGGCGGCGACUGCCGAAUGAGAAGCUAAGGAAGCAGCAGGAGGAGGAGCAGCGGCACGGGCUGUCAGGAGAGGUCGCAGGAGGGGGUGGUGAGGAGAGGGGGGAUGAAACCGGAGAGGGAAUGGGAGGCCGGUGGUUAAGCAGUGAGAGGUUCCAGGGGCCAGGAGGGGAGGUGUGGGGGGCGGAUGACUAUGGGGGAAAGUGGGGGUUUGGUGGGGGGAGGGAGGAGGUGGAUAUUGAGAGUGUGGGGGUGGAGAGUCUUGAGGGGGAGAGUGAGGAGGAGAGGGAGGAGAGGAGGGAGCUGGAGGAGGAUGGGCUGCCGCCUCUGCAGGAGGGGAGUGGAGGGGUCUGGAGCGAGAAGGAGAGGCAGCUUUGGGAACAGCCUCCCUCCCUUGGUCUCAGGCCGUGUCUGCGCAACUCCCCCACCUACCGCAACCACUCCAUAGAGGCGCUCAACCGAGGGCGCUACCUGGUGGCAGUGGUGACGGGGGGGCUCAACCAGAUGCGGCUGCAGAUAGGCAAUGCUGUGGUUAUCGCUCGCAUUCUUAGGGCAGUGCUGGUGGUGCCGGUGCUGCAGGAGAACAACAUCUGGCACGAUAGGAGUGAGUUUGCGGAGAUAUUCGACGUGCCUCACUUCCAGCGGGUGUUACGCAACGAGGUGAGGGUGGUAACCACCCUGCCACCCCACUACCUGCGCACCGCACCCGACGAGAAGCUUCCUCCCACGGGCUCCACACCGGAAUGGAUCAUCUCCCACCUCCUGCCACCGCUUCGCCGGCAGCACGUCCUCCUUAUAAGAGGCCUCGACCAGGCCAUAACGCCCGACCUCCCUAGGGAACUCCAGAAACUGCGCUGCAAGGUCGAAUUCCACGCCCUGAGAUUCACUCAGCCGAUCCUGACCCUCGGUCAGAAGCUCGUCUCCCGGAUGGCUGCAUCUGGGCCGUUCAUCGCGCUGCAUCUACGGCUGGAGCCAGACGUGUGGAUCCGGACCGGAUGCUACCCGAGGCUCGGCCCGGAGCUAGAUGCGGCAGUGGAUCGGGAGAGGGCGGGGCGGCCGGACCUGCUGACGGGGCGGCUGAAUCUGAGUGCUGAGGAGAGGUUUGCUGCGGGGCUGUGCCCUCUGACUGCUGAUGUUGUUGUGCGUCUUCUCAAGUCCUUCGGAGCGACCAAUCGCACGCGAGUGUUCUGGGCGGGCGCGGAGCCAAUGGGGGGAGCGCAGCUGGCGCUGGCGCCCCUGUGGAUGUCCUUUUCAGCCGUGCACAGCAAGGAGAGCCUGGCUCUGCCGGGGGAGCUGCAGGUGUUUUCGCGGCAGGCGAACAUCCUGGCUGCUUUGGACUUCAUCAUCUGCGCCAGCAGCCAUGUGUUCAUGCCGUCGCAUGGAGGCAACAUGGCGCAUGUGAUUCAGGGACAUCGCACCUAUUUUGGCCACAGCAAGACAAUAAUGCCUAAUAAGCGCAAGAUUGUGAAGCUGUUGCUUGAGGAGCAAUCGGGGGGUGUGGAUGGACGUCCGUUGACGGAAGAGGAGUUUGAGAAAGCAAUGGUUGAGAUUCAUCGAGACUCUAUUGGGCAACCACAGUUGCGCACACAUAAAAAGGGCAAGGAUGCGAUAAUGUACCCCGUCCCUGACUGCAUGUGUAAAAGAAACUCAUUAUAGGGUACCUCAACUGCAUCCGAAUGAUUGUGCCGUUCUCCUACAAUUUCGUCAUCAAAUUCUUGAAGUCCAUGUGAUUGAUCGGAUGAUACUUAAACUAGUUUGUAAUUUGCAACCCUUCAAGUUGUUAUGA